CUGUAAGAAUGAUUCUUCUCAUCAACUUGCAGAUUGCUUUAGGUUAUUUUUUCAGUUCAAAACGGGAAUCCAAGGCUUUUCCCAAAAAAAAUCAAUAUAUAAAAAAAGAAGCAGAAAUUCACUGUAAGCACUACAAGCUGAGCAGAGUAUUCCUAAGCAAAUAACAUCCAGUCACUCAUUCAGGUAGCUCCAUACUGGCUCCCUCAAGCUGGGGUGACCACCUUCUUGGGCUUGUCUUCUGGCUCCAUCACCCACUUGUAGUAAGCAUCGCCCAGGAUGAAGGCCCAGUAGAAGACGGUUAGAGAGGUGUUUACUGUCAUAAUGCCGAUAAUCAAAGGGUGCCACAUGGUGGCAGGUUUUAGAAAAAAUCUGUGUCAGCCUAAAAAAAAAAGAAAGAAAGAAAAAAAAUAGCUGGUGCUGUGUGUGUGUGAAGGGUUGUAGCAGUAGUACUGCCUGCCUGUCUGUUUCUACUCUCUGCGUGGACUCCCCACCCCUCUCUGUGCUCUCUUUCCACUGGUGACUAAGUUUCUGAGGCAACAGCAGCAUAAUCCUCUUCAGCAGCUUUGUUACAGAAGAUAAGGGUGCGCUGGAUGUAGACCUGCUUUACCCACCCUUGUUCAUCCAUGAGAUGGUGUUGUGUAACGCAGGUGUAGGCAUUCUUCACAAUGAGCUUUAUGAGGCAGUGCUUUACAAAGAAACAGAAGCUAUGUAAAAAUGUCACACUGAUUGUGAGUUUUAAACAGUGACCUGACCUAAAAGACAUAAUCUUUGUUCUGAACUUUAUGUUCUCUGUAAGAUAUCAAAUCUAAUCCACAAUCUAAUCGAGACUGGAGACAUCAGAUGGAGGAGUUAAUCUUACACCAAACGGCACAGAUGGCUCCUUAAACGAACCCCAUGGGUAAGCAGACCCUAAAGACCACACUUGCCCUGACAUGACGUGACUUGAAUAGCUGGAUUGUACAGACUCAUCUGGUGCAGCGUAUCUACAAACAGCAUGAUUAGAAAGCAAAAAGACAGAAAACUGAACUUAAAAGGACUUCAAGGGGAGGAAAAACUGACAUGGGGAAUCAUCCGCCACCAGGUGGCGGUCUGUACAAAGACUGAGUGAAUGUUUUAAAAAGCGCAUUUAAUGACAGAUCAGAGAAUUUAAUGAAAAACGUGAAGGAAAAGAGCGAUAUUUGCGCACGACGAGCGAUUCAGCGGUCCGUUAUCUGAACUUUGCAUUGCUCUCCCUUUAAAUGUUCUCUCAUUAGAGGUGCCUCCUGCCCGAGGUGAACUUUGACACCUGCAGGACAGCAGCAGGCUUAUUGGAGCUGAUGGUUUCAUCACAGAUCAAAAGGCAACGUGACGCUGCUUUAAAUCAUCUCCUGCGUUCAGCGGCAGCGCAGAGGGCACUGCUUUAACAUGACUCGGUGCACAGCUCUGAAACGUGCUUAGGAGGGACAGAUUUCCUUUUUAUGCGGAACAUUUUUAAAGUUCACCUUAGAGGCCAAACAACACGUUUACAAGAAUGAGGCCACCGCCGGAAAUCAGCGUUUUUCUCCUUUCUCUCCUGGCACCUGGAGUUUUAUACACAAUGAACAACAUCCCAGCGCUUCAACAACCUCUGGUUAUCUUGGGGAUGGGAGCGGUCAUCCUGGGGUCUGUUCUUCUCCUCCUCUUCCUCACUGUGCGGCACAAGGCCAAAGUGGACCCUUUGUUCUAUGUGUUCGCAGAGUUUUCCUUCACCUGCCUGGUGGGUCUGACCAAUGCUUUAGAGCAGGAUGGGUUCAUCUCUGGCUUCAUGGGCUUCUACAUAAAGAUGGGUGAGCCUCAUCUAAGCACUGCCUAUGCGCUGAUGAUGUCUUACUGGGAGGGCAUCGUUCAUUUCAUCCUCUUCCUCAUUAUCAUCCACCGCAUGUUCUCUGGGAAGUCGUAUCGUAGCCUGGGCCUGCUGUGGGCAGGCUCCUCCAUCGCUCAUCAGAUCGUUCACAUCCCAGGAGUGGUCAUUGGCAAGUAUGGGUCCAACAUUCGACCGGCGUUUUGGAGGAAUGUCCCCUUCUUUUUGGCACCUUUCUGGGCAGCCUCGCUGCUCUUUAGCAGACCCAGAGAGAUGCAAAUCAUCACAGCAGAUAAGAUCGCUGCAGAGCAGAAGAAAAGUCUGCUGUUUCGACCCCUUGACCUGCUUCUCUCACUGCUGUUACUGGGAUCCAUGGCCUUCUCCGUGUUUAGAGGCUUUGUAGUGCUGGACUGUUCUCUGGACACCUGUUUCACCUACAUCUAUCAGUAUGAGCCGUACCUCAAAGACCCAGUUGGCUUUCCCAGGGUCAUGAUGCUGGUGUACUUAUUCUACACACUGCCAUUGCUAACGGUCUUCAUCUAUGGUCUGAAAACACCUGGAUGUAGCUGGAUGUUGGACUGGACCAUCUUCUUUGCUGGUGCCAUGGCUCAGACCCAGUGGUGCCAUAUCGGAGCAUCUCUGCAUUCCCGCACUCCCUUCACGUACCGAGUCCCAGCAGACAAACGGUUGCCUGUUAUCGCUCUCAAUGUGCUGCUCGCUGCUGCACCAGUGCUGCUGGCCCUGCGCUGCCACACAAACCCCGCUUAUUUUAUGAAACCCGUUCCUGCGGGACAAUCCAACAGCAAGAAAAAGAAAAACUAGACCACACGCAAGCCACGGACUGGUGAGGAAUGCUUACUGGGGCACGAACUGAAUUAAAUGCACACAUUUUUCAUCCCUAAAACCCAGAGGAAAUCUAAAAAACAUUGCUCUCUCUGAGUCAACUGUUAAAAAAAAAUCAGUCACCUCACCCAGCACUUCCUGUAUGGACUUCUGGACCCUGAUAAGGAGGCUGUUGAUGGAGGUGAGGACCGUGAUCAGAUCGCACAGCGUUCAGGUGACUCAUGCAGACACCCAGUUUGUAUCGUCACAAAACUUCAACUAACCUGAACCAUGCAGGUCAGCAGCAGCACCGGAGAAUGAUUCAGUCCCUUUUUUUUCUAUACAGAAAUCUAAACCAAAGCUACAAAGUUUGAAGAUUCAUUUUCUGAUCUUGAAUAUUGCAACUUCCUGUGAUUUUUAGCACCCCCCACGCUAACUGUGAGUAUAUUAAAUGUUGAAUAUCAGCUGAAUCCUCUGUAGGCUGAAUAACUUAAGAGUUGCUGAUAAGAGAGAUGACUCACUCGAGCUGACAGCUUGGAGAAGAAAAAACCCACCUGGUGAUCGACGUUGUGGUCUAGCCUUCAUGUGACUGGAGCGUAUAAAGAAAUCAGACAGAUACUAAUCGCUAUUCCAGUCCACUCCAAGUCCAGACUGUCAUUUUCAAGUUAAAUAUUCAGUUUACAGUCAUGUGAAACUGGGAAAGGAAGCACACGGGAUUUGUUUUUGCUUAAUA